AUGUUACCAAUGUGCCGUAAAAUCCCGAAAUUCCUCACCUCACUCCAGUCAACAAUUCCUAAACACUUAUCAACAUCACCCCUCGAAGCCCCUAGUAAUUUCCAACAGGAUUUCGAGAAGCAUCACUGCCCCACAAAUUUCCUCCAAAGAUCAGUCCUAACAGUGGGCGCAGCUGCUAUUUCAAUAUUAGACCCUCAUAGAGGAGAUAUGAUAGCUUGUUUAGGAGAGACUACAGGAGAAGGAGCUUUGCAUUAUAUGAAAUCUUGCAUGGAACAGUCUAAGGAAGGGUUGCAAAUUUUGCAAGAGCAACCAAGGAUAAAUACAAAUACUGUGAACUUAAAUUAUUUACAAAACUUACCUCCAAAUACUUUGGGUUACAUGUAUUACAAAUUUUUAGAAGUCAAUCAAGUGACUCCUGAUAGUAGAAUGAGCGUACAAUUCAUUGACAAUCCAGAACUAGCCUAUGUAAUGCAAAGAUACAGAGAAAUCCACGAUUUGAUACAUACAGCAUUACAAAUGCCUACAAACAUGCUAGGAGAGGUAACAGUUAAAUGGGUGGAAGCCCUGCAAUUUAAAUUACCAAUGUGCAUCAGUGGAGCUAUUUUUGGGCCUUUGAGGCUCAAAACAAAACACAGACAGUUGUAUUUGGAUAGAUACUUGCCUUGGGCUAUAAAAACUGGAGGCAGUGCUGAGUUUUUGUUGAAUAUUUAUUUUGAGAAGAGGUGGGAACAAAAAUUGAGUGAAUUUUAUAAGGAGAUUAAUCUAGAGCCUUUGAUAUUGAAAUAG